GCAAACAUGGCAACGGUAUACCGCGCAGUAAGCAAAUCAAAACCCUCGUCGGACGCAAGGGCCGAAAAUGGCGAGGCCAAGCCGAAGAACAAGCAAAGAGUCUUGAUCCUCACAUCCAGAGGCGUAACAUACAGACACCGCCAUCUUCUUGGCGACAUCAACUCCCUCCUCCCUCACUCCCGCAAGGACGCCAAGCUCGACACGAAAACCCAACUGCACCAACUCAACGAACUCGCCGACCUCUACAACUGCAACAAUGUCAUGUUCUUCGAAGCAAGAAAAGCCAAGGACCUCUACAUCUGGCUGUCAAAACCUCCCAACGGACCUACUGUGAAGAUGCACUGCCAGAAUAUCCACACCAUGGAGGAACUCAACUUUACCGGAAAUUGCUUGAAGGGCAGCAGACCGAUUUUGUCUUUUGACGCAGCGUUCGAAAAGCAAGCGCAUACGAGGCUCAUCAAGGAGCUCUUGACGCAUACUUUCGGUGUGCCCAAGAGUUCGAGAAAGAUUAAGCCGUUUACGGACCACGUGAUGGGUUUUACGAUUGCGGAUGGAAAGAUUUGGAUUCGGUGUUAUCAGAUCAGUGAGACGGAGCAGGCGAAGGGAAAGACCGCGGAGGACAAGACGGAAGAUGCUUCUGCCCCAUCGAAAGUCGUGUCGAAGGCUGGCAAAGGCGAGACACAUCUCUCGUUGGUCGAGAUUGGACCACGAUUCGUACUUACGCCCAUCGUGAUUCUCGAGGGAAGCUUUGGUGGCCCGGUCAUCUACGAGAAUAAGGAAUUUGUGUCGCCAAACCAGAUCAGAUCUGACCUGAGGAGAGCGAAGGCGGGCAGGUAUAAUAAGAGGGCGGAGGGAGAACUGGAGAGGAAAGUUAAGAGGCGGGAUCUGGGUCUGAGAACUGGCGAGGGUAAGAGGGAGAUCGAUGAGCUUGACAAUCGGGUGGUUUUCGCAUGACCUGAGAAAGUGGCUUAUUUUGGUUCAUUGAAUUAGCGAGGCAUUGGUAGAAUGGACAAAAAGGCUCCAGUAUCUGAUCGAUGCUGCGAUAUC